GCCAGCUGAGUGACCCGCCACGCCGGCCACACUACACGUUUUCUCCCCUCAUAUAUUGCCCUGAGGCCUACGUCCUCCUGAGUGUAGGCCUCCCAGCCUUGUGUCACCACGCCCCUCAGUGUCGUGUAGUGUGAGGAUGUAGCACUUGGCCCGAUUCGAGGAAAAAAAAAGAGUUGAUAUAUAUCCAUCAUUUGCAACAAGUCCUUGACAAUGUCAGCAACAAUGCAGAUGGUCAGGGACACAGCUGUGACAAGCACAUGGUCCUCAAUCUUCCCACCACAACAGAGAACAAGGGAAGAGUCAUUGUUGUUUGUGAAGAAACUAAUAGCAGUUGGGAUAUCGUCCAUCACCUACUUGCGUACAUUGUUUCCCGAGGGUUCAUACAGCAACCGGAACCUUGAUGGACUACAACUCAAAAUGCUACUUGAAAACUCCUCAUGUAAUAGUUCCAACAUGGUUGUUUCCUGGAUCAAGGGUUGCUUUGAAGCCAUUGAGAAAAAAUACUUACGACAGUUGACGCUAGUGAUCUAUAAUGACCCAGACAAGCCAGAAUUAGCUCUAGAGACAUAUACUUUCAAAUUGCGAUACACUGAGGAAGAGGGAGCAGUUAUUAGUGAAUUGGAAGCCAGUUCCAAUCCAAGUAAGAAGGAGAAAAGAGUGGACGUGAAGAAGUCAACAGAGAAGAUGCUGCGUACUAUACUACUGUUGACGCAGACACUGAAGCCCCUGCCUAGGAAGAUUCACUUGGCAAUGAAGCUGGGCUAUUAUGACAAUGUGACCCCAGAAGACUACGAACCUCCAGGAUUCAAGGAAGGUGGCCAUGGGGGGUGUAUGUUUGAGAGUGAACCCAUCAACAUAAAGGUUGGCGAUGUGACUACUCGUUUCCACACAAUAAAGCUUCGAGUAAGUGUGGAUAGGAAGUCAUAUUCCACGGACGAAAACUCUGCAGAGGAAAAGGAGGAUAGCAGUUUUCUAAAUAAAUCUAUCACAAAAGACAAUAUGCAAUCUUCACAAAGUACUGAGGUCUUGAUUCGAAGUUAUGCCAAGCUUUCCUUGCCACGCACUCUUUCCAGUGGAUCUCCAUCCACAGGCAGAAGCUCUUGCAUCAAUUAUAAUGAUAAUCAUGAUGCAGCUGUUAAUGGUCACCUGAUGAAGGAACAUGAUUGUACAAGAAGUGGGAACCAAUUAGAAGACAACACCAUGAGUACAGAUAUUUGGGUGCCAAGUGUCACUCCAGAAAACACUUCCACUAACACAAUUUGUAGAUUAGUAAAGAGUUCUCAAGACGAUGCUCAGUUGGUGCCCCAGAUGUCAACACAAACUUCCACAUCAAACUUACAACCUUGUAUGAAGGUGACACAAAAUUCUAAUGUAAGGACACCAUCCCUCCCAAGUCCAAUACAAACUACGCCAGCAUCAGCAGUGAGUACUCGCAGUAUGAGGGCAUCGAACAACCAGUUCGAAGCUGGCUUCAUGGUACGGUGUCCCUGUAAUGUUAAUCAUGAUGAUGGCCUCAUGAUACUUUGUGAUAUGUGCAACAAUUGGCAGCAUGCAGUGUGUUUCUGUGUGCUGGAUGAAAGUGAGGCACCACAACGCCACAUCUGUGAAGCUUGUGCCACACCUGACACACCCUCCACAGAUCCCACCCUCACAAACCAUCCUGAGUUGGAGAUGUGCUGCCUUUACCGCCGUACUCUGGUGUUUCUUCGUGACAAAAGUCAUCGCAUCACUGCCGCUGUUCUUGGCCAACGCCUUGGUGUUAACAUUAGUAUUGCAAAGAAGAUCUUCAACCGAGUCCAGAAGGACAAACUUGUAAAAUCUAAGGGAAAAGCGGGAGUGUUUCCGAACCACACUAACAUCCUGCAGUUUGCAUUUCCUAUGUAUCUCAAUAGAAAGAUACAUGAAGGCAAGACAGAUACUGAUAAUGGUGUCAGUGAUGCUCCUCGAACUCCAAACAGCAUGUGUUCAACUGCAGAUUUUGAUAAUGAUGUAACUCCAGAUCUACCCAUAUAUUCUCUUCGUGACUCCAUUGCUGCCUCUAGAGCUGAUGAGUGUACGAAGGUGAUGGCCAUGUCACUUGAUGAGACAUUAGACAUUGUCAGUGACACACAGGAUGUAACAGUGGGCACUCAGGCAAUGCAGAUGGUUAUUGACAAUGGUUUAGAGGUAAUUGAUAGUGAGAAAAGUGAACCUAACCAAGAAACCAUAUCUGAAAUUAUGGCCACAGCUGGUGACACUAUGGCAACAUAUGGCUCUCAGCUUGCCACUGAAGAAAACAUCACAACCUGUGCCUUAACUCCCACUAAGAGUCUUCAAAAUUCCAAGGAUGAAGAUAAAGUGUGUGCCAGUGAUAAGAAGUCCCAGGGAAGGAAAUCUAUGAAGCGAAAACGCACACUUGUUGUUGGAGAAGUCAGACUUUCCUGUGGCAAGAAAACUGUCUCCUCAGAAUCAAUGAACAUACACCAUUUUGAGAUUUCUGAUUCCCAGGGUUCUGAUGGCUUAUAUGAGAAGAGAGUGAAAACAUCUACUGCAACUGACAUCUAAUAAAGGCAUGUAGACUGUUUUGUCAAGCCAAUUUAAAUCCUAUAUGCCAUUAAUAAAAUAGAAAAUGUUAAAGGCUGUUUGUGUGCGCAUGAUACAGCAGUACUUUACUGAUAUUUGGGCUUCAGGCAAAAGCCAUACAAAGGAACCGUCGAGUUAUUCGGCACUUCCGAAUACUGUUCUCUUCUGGCUAUCUUAUGAUUGAUGGUGAUGAAUAUGCAAGCCUUUUAUUUGUAUAGCAACAUGCUUUAUAUAUAUUCCACUAAUCCAUAGAUAUUGUACUGUAUUAGAAAAAUAUUCAAAAGGAAAAAAAGUGAUGAAUUAACUGUAUAUUUGUUUUAAAUUAAAACAUUUUGUUUAUUAUUAUGUAUUAGUGUUCUACAAUAUUCUAUUAGUUUUAUUAUAGUUUGUCUUCAGUUCUUGUUCCUUUUAGGAAUUUCAUAUGAAGGGAGUGAGAGGUGAGGAUGUUAGCCUCAUGAAAAAUUAUCUCCAGAAACCGUUGUGGAUGUUUUCUUUAUGACUUAGACAUGUUAGAAUAGUUUAUACAAAGGCAUCAGUGUUACCUAGUGUAACAGUCACCAGAGUGGAGGAGAAUGCCUCGUUAAACUGAACAAGUAACAGACAGAAAGGAGCACAAAGUUUCAUAAGUGCACAAGUAACACAGUUGAGAGAGUACCACAGAGAUCCACCAGUAAUACGAUGAGUCACAAUAACAUGGCAGAAGUAUAGGCACCCAACCCA